UUGCUUUUUGUGUAAAGGGGCGAAGAAUGAUAUCAGUGGAAGAAGCUCUUGCUACGGUUCUGAAAGUAGCUGAGCGGCUGCAACCAAUCACAGUCCCACUCCACGAUGCUCUUGGCAAGGUGUUGGCAGAGGAUGUUCUGGCCCCUGAUCCUUUACCUCCUUACCCAGCUUCCAUCAAGGAUGGUUAUGCUGUAGUUUCUUCCGAUGGCCCCGGUGAAUAUCCCGUCGUUACGGAAUCCAGAGCCGGAAAUGAUGGCCUUGGCGUUACUCUCACUCCUGGCACUGUAGCUUAUGUCACUACUGGAGGUCCAAUACCUGAUGGCGCAGAUGCAGUUGUUCAGGUUGAGGACACUGAACAACUUCACAAUUCUAAACGAGUUCGUAUAUUGGUUAAAACUAUUAAAGGUGCUGAUAUUCGACCUGUGUCUUUGUUUUACAGGGUUGCGACAUUGAGAAAGAUGCUGUUGUGUUAAAAUCUGGAGAAAGAUUAGGUACUCCUGAAAUUGGUCUGCUCGCUACUGUUGGUGUUGUAAUGGUGAAGGUAUAUCCUACACCGACAAUUGCUGUUCUUUCCACAGGAGAUGAACUUGUGGAGCCAACGACAGCAUGUCUAAGUAGGGGCCAG